AUGGCCAUUGUCCAGGCUACACCAAUCACGCUUCCUUUAAAUACCUUCAGCGCGGCUGCAUCCGCACUCACGUUACACCGCUUCAGCUUCGGCAUCAACUUCUAUUCACGCACUUACACUGCAUUUCUACAACCCCUUCAAAAGGCUCCUACACGACGAAGAUCCGCACGUCAGCAACUGAAGACCCCUAAUACCGUUAACGUUACACAUGCAGAACAGGCGACUGCGGAGGAGCAUAUAAUAACUCCGGCUACAGAUGAUUAUAUAGCAUCUGCUUCAACCUCUGCUUCGCACUCUUCUGCGUGCCGUGGCGAUGACCAACCCGGCAGAUCGGCAAAGGCUGCAAAAACACCCAGGCGAGGCGACCUUAGCAGGCAUUCUAAAAAUUCCUCACCAGCUAAGGGGAAACGGGAGCAGGAUUCCAUUGAGUGCACCUCUUUGGUGGAGAAGCGGAUGGCGUCUACUUCAACCUCUGCUUUGCACUCUUCUGAGUGCCGUGGCGAUGACCGACCCGGCAGCUUUACUAAGCGUACCAAAAUACCAUGGCGAGGCAACAUUAGCAGGCGUUCUAAAAGAGCCUCUGCGGCAAAGAGAAAACGGGAGGAGGAAACCGAGAGCUCGCAUCGAAAAGCUACUCGCAAUGCAGCCGACGUCGCUGCAACUUCCAUUCGACGGUCCCAGGAGACCACGGCUGAGAAAACCGCACGUAACGCAGCGAAAGCUGCGGCAACGUCCAUUCGACGGUCCCAGGAAUCCAUGGCUGAGAAAACCGCACGCCACGCAGCCGACGCCGCUGCAAAUUCUGCUGCAAGGGCGUCGGAAAGUUCUGCGCAAAUGCGCACAAGGCGGCAACGCGAUGCAAUUUCAACUUCCGCUGCUAGAGUUGUAGAAGGAUCCACUGAAAGGCUUGAAAGGUUGCAGACUGUUAACCAGCGCCGACAUGCACUGCGAGGGCUCUGUAGCCCACCAAAGCAGUUUUGGCGUUCAACUAUGAGCCAGUUUCGAGGCUUUCCGGUCGCAAAACCUCCGAAUAGGAUCCAUGUCAGUUGCAAUGCCAAAAAAUGGCCUGGAGAGUCUGCAGGUUUGUGUUGUUCAGACGGUAAGGUACAGUUGCCACCUUUUCAAGAGCUACCUGCUCCGUUGAAAAGCUCUGUUGGAGGGUUCCAGUCCAGUCUCCAAACAUUUCCUCGCAUAAAUCAGACAGUACAAUUGUGCCUUCCAGAUGACCUCUUUUGGCGGUAA